CGGAGCUGAUGACAUUCUUCAAUGGCAAGCGUCGGAAAGGUUGCUUCUGCUGCUUUGGCAAUUGCGGGGAUUGAACAUGCAUAGAGCAGCUGACAAGUCGCGCUAUACUUUGUUGGGAGGAGUAUCCGAUUACACUUCUGCCCCUCUUGACUGGAGCUUCAAUUGCUCUGUCGGAACCUCUCGAGACGAUUCGGCGCAAUAGAGGAUAAGUAAUGGACGGGUGCUGGGAGUUAGUUGGAAGGCCAUGUUGAAGCAUUGACCCGAAACUGGACACAAUCUUCGAGCUUCUUCCACCAUGCUGCUUUCCGCACUUCGAACCAUCCCAUCUCCAUCGAGACGCGUCGCGACACAGCUCCGCACGGCAGCCACAGCAACACAAGCCCAGAAGCGCGCAGGCGACAUCUCAGAUGCAUUCGCGUCGCUCUCUGGGCAGAAGUUCGAGCCCCUCACCCAAGAGUAUGCCGACCUCAAAGGUCGCCUGAUCCGAGGUCACGAAGGCGAGGUACGAGAGUCUUGGGAAAGGCUACUUCGGCAUCUACGGGAAGAAAUCCCGCUCAUUGUGGAGCAAGGCAGCAAGGUCAUUCCCGAGAUCGACUUCAAACACCUCGACAACGCACCCGAGACCUUUAGCAAUCAGCUGAGGAAGCGAGGCGUUGCCGUCGUGAGGGGCGUCAUUCCAGAGCAGGAAGCGCUACAAUGGAAGGAAGAGCUACGAGAGUACAUCCGGCAAAAUCCUCAAACAAAGGCCUUUCCGGCCGACAAUCCUCAAGUUUUUGAGUUGUAUUGGUCACGAAUCCAGCUUCUCGCACGCGGGAACCCCAACCUUCUGAAAACCCAUCGCUUCCUCAUGUCAUACUGGCACUCCACAAAUCCUCACGUUCCUCUGUCCACCCAGCAUCCGAUCAGUUAUGCCGACCGUCUGCGCAUGCGCCUGCCCGGCGACGCCAAAUUCGCCUUGGGACCACAUGUCGACGGCGGGAGCGUAGAACGCUGGGAUGAGCAAGGAUACGGGCUGGGCAAGGUAUACGAUUCAGUGUGGAAGGGGAAAUGGGAAGACUUUGAUCCUUGGGAGGCCAGCUGCCGUCUGUCCGUGGUAUCAGACCUCCAUCAGGGUGUAGGAGCUUGCAGCGCGUUUCGCAUGUUCCAGGGCUGGCUGUCGCUGAGCACUACUGGGCCAUUCGAGGGCACGUUGCUCGUGAACCCACUCCUCGCAAAGGCAACAGCAUACUACCUUUUGCGCCCAUUCUUCUCCCCGAAACGAGGUGUCGAUCCUGGUGCGCAAACCGCGUCUGAAGCUGUUACCAACUCAGCCGAUUUCCUUGCCUCGGACAAUUGGGAAAUGGAUACCACACCAUCUCCAUGGGUCCAUGGCGCGACGCCUGGACGCGGACAGGAACUCUCCCACCUGCUUCAUCCGCACCUCAACCUGCAGAAAUCCAUGAUCCAUAUGCCAACAGUCAGGCCUGGAGACUAUGUAGCCUGGCACUGCGACACAAUCCAUGCCGUGGACAAGACGCAUGCCGGCAAGUCGGACUCCAGUGUGUUGUACAUACCAGCCUGCCCGAUGACAGAAGACAAUGCAAAUUACCUCAUCCGCCAGCGAAAGAGCUUCGUCAAUGGAACACCAAGUCCUGACUUUGGCGGCGGUGUGGGCGAGAGCGAGCAUGUCGGGCGUAUCAAGGCUGAAGACAUGCCUGGAUUAGUCGGUGAUGAGGGCUGCAGAGCAAUGGGUCUCCAAGAAUGGGACAGCGAUGCUGCCGGCCUGAACCCAGCCGAGAGAGUGAUCUUGGAUAGGGCGAACAAGCUUCUGGGGUUUUAUGAUUAAAUGUUUGAUUAUCGCCUGGCGCGUGGAGCCCUUUUAUUUAUUACAACUCAGUCAUAUCAAAAUGGAACCAGAUGUCUACGUCAGCUUUGAUAGUACACGAACACAGGAAGAUAUACGAUGUAGUCAAGGUGUUUAUCCAUUGCACAAUACAUUAUUUCAAUUAUCAUGGACUCUACUUCUCAGGGUCGAAUACAACGAUCUUAUCAAUAUCCGC